AUGCCCGACGCCUGCCCCUCCCAUCAUUUUGCGACGCCAAAGACCGGCAAGGUUGUGAAGCUGGGCCCCGCCGGCAACAGCAGCAUCGAGACCUACAUCGCGGCGCCCAGCGGCAAGCCCACGGCGGCUGUCAUCAUCUUCCCCGACGUCUACGGGUGGCAGUGGAACAACACGCGGCUGUGGGCCGACCGCCUGGCCAAGGCGGGCUUCCUGGCUGUGCUGCCCGACUGGUUCCGUGGGGACGUGCUCGGCUCCGACGUCAUGGCAUUUAUCGGCCGCCAGAAGAAGGAUCGCGUGAUUGCUGAUUUCAACACUGUGGUGGCCGCCAUCAAGAAGGCCUACCCCUCGGUCAAGAAGAUCGGCCAGGAGGGCUUCUGCUGGGGCGGCCUCUACACCGCCCUGCUGUCCACCCCCCAGGCCCCCAAGGUCGACGCGGCCGUGGCCUUCCACGCCUCCCUCCUGACCCCCAAACUUAUUGACGCCAUCACCGGGCCCGUCAGCCUGCAGCAGGCCGACCCCCUGCUGGACACCCAGAUCAACUCCACCUUCUACAAGUACAUCGAGGGGGCGUUCAAGGCCAAGCAGGCCAAGGGGGGCCAGCAGGUCAUCACUUACUACAAGGGCAUGCCCCACGGCUUCUCCGUCCGCGGCAACUUCAGCAUCCCCGCGUUCGCCAAGGCCUCCAACACCGCGUUUGACGAGGGCGUGAAGUUCCUCAAGCAGCACCUGCUCUCGCGCUGA